UAACUAAGUCAAAUGUAGUGAGCUAGCCAGAGUCAGUGGGAGUUGAUGGCAAACAAAUUUAAUAAUAAAUAAAUAAAUCUUUCUCAGAGGGUGGGUGUUGCCUAUUCCUGAUAUUGUUACCGCCCAUUAUGAGAAGAUGCAUUUGAACACACCUUUGAGCAACUUGGAAGCAGAAGCUGCAAGUCCUUGAAGAGAUGGCGAAGUCGGUGGAUUUCUGCGUUUUCAGCGUUCUGGUGACAGGAUCCGAUCAGGGGAUCGGUUUGGGUCUGGUGAAGAGGUUUCUGGAGCUGCCUUCUCCACCCAAAUGGGUCUUCGCUACAACCCUUGACCUGGAAGGAGAAGAAACCAAGGAGCUAAGAGAGUUGGUUUGCAAACAUCCGAAUCUGGUGGUGUUGCAGUUAGAUGUUACUAAUCUUGAAAGCAUCCAAGCGGCUCAGAAAGAAGUGGAAAAGUGUGUUGGAGAAGGUGGGCUGACCAUCCUGUACAACAAUGCCGGCAUUUGGAACGUCAAUAACCUGCAAACAGAAGAUGCCAAGGGUAUGAUGACAGUGUAUUCUGUCAAUACCAUUGGCCCGCUGCUGAUGAGUCAGGCAUUCCUACCCGUCUUAAAGAAGGCAGCCCGAAGAAGCCCAUGUCAAGGGCUGAGCAUCAGCAAGGCAGCCAUUAUCAAUAUGUCCAGCACUGUAGGCUCAAUUGAACUUAUGGCUUAUUGGGAUUUGGGACAGACAAUUGGAUACCGCUGCAGUAAGGCUGCUUUGAACAUGCUCACCAAGUGCCAGUCUCUUGAGUACGCAGCCGAUGGGAUUAUGACCGUCGCCAUCCAUCCUGGCUUAGUUAAAACUCGUAACAACCCAUAUUCGGGAAUCACUAUGGAAGAGAGCACCCGAGGCAUCAUGGUUGUGCUGUCCAAGCUUUGUGAAGAUGACAAUGGGACCUUUCUGGAUUGGUUGGGUUCUCGACUUCCGUGGUGAUCUGUCUUGCCAUAAUGUCAUCAGCACUUAAUUCCCUGAAAGGUAAUGAAGCCUCCAAUAAAUCAUUGCAGGCAUGAAAA